AUGGGUGUUACAUUAGUGGUAUUAGAGCAAGUUGGGAAUGAAACAAGUCGGGGAGAAGCGUCUACUUCUAUUGGAUGUUCCGACUAUAGAGAGCAUGGAGAUCAGGUUGCUGCAAGUGAGAGUGUAGUGUUUAUUAGUUCAGCUGCUUUUAGAAUGUUGAUGAAUUGGUUGGAGUUAAACCGAGUUUUUAAGAAUUGUUUUUAUAAGUUGGUGCAGUGUGUCGCUGAUUAUAUCUACAACUUACCUCAGGAGCGUGAAUCUGAGUUCGAUGAAGGUGAAGAGUUGAUGUUUAUAUCUACUAAGCAAGUGAAUGAGUUCAUGAAGGACGAUUUUACAAUGUUUAUGAUAUUAGCUUAUAUGAAGGCAGAAACUAAAGUUAUAUUGGAUGAGCUACCUAGGGUGAGUGAUUUUCCAGAAGUGUUUCCACAUGAUAUUAGUGAUUUGUCGCCAGAGCGUGAAGUGAAGUUUUCUAUAUACUUAGUACAUGGUACUAGUCCAAUGUUGAUGGCUCCUUAUAGGAUGUAUACUUCAGAGUUUGGUGAAAUUUAA